GCGUGCGGGUUGAGUUCUGGGCUAAGGGACAUGACGUUUGUUAAGAGUGAUUCCCAUUUCAUUUCUGAUCUUUCUCUUUUCUGAUCUGUCUCACUUCCCUUUCUUUGACCCAAAUCUCUACUCUAAUAAUAAUGUCCAAUUCUUUUACAAACUUUCCUCCUUCGAUUCUCACCUAAACUUUCUCACUUCCUCUUUCUCCCUUGCCGUUUUCUGCACUCUCACUGUCGUUUCAUCCUUCUCUAGGUUUCACAAAAAUUAAAUAAUAUGAAGUCAUCGUUUAGCAAGUUGAAGCGAAUUGCACUUCACAAAACUGUUUCCAAGGAGAAGAAGGAACUUCACCCUUCCGUUAUGUUUGACGAACUUGCUCUCGCUGCUAAGUACAUGCAAGAGAUGAGAGAUUGCUAUGAUAGUUUGCUUGCUGCAGCUGCUGCUACUGAAAACAGUGCUUAUGAAUUUUCGGAGUCACUGCAAGAAAUGGGUACCUGUCUAUUGGAGAAAACUGCCUUAAAUGAUGACAAUGAAAGUGGUAAAGUUUUGGGGAUGCUUGGAAAUGUGCAGCUUGACCUUCAAAAACUUGUUGAUAGCUACCGUUCUCACGUAGCACUGACUAUAACCAGACCAUCAGAGUCUCUUCUUAAUGAACUAAGAACUGUUGAGGACAUGAAGCGUCAAUGUGAUGAAAAAAGAGAAGUUUAUGAAUACAUGAUUGCCCAACAGAAAGAGAAAGGAAAGUCAAAAAGUGGUAAGGGUGAAAGUAUCACUUUACAGCAGUUGCAAGCUGCUCACGGUGAAUACGAAGAGGAAGCAACACUCUGUGCAUUUCGGUUAAAAUCCCUGAAACAAGGCCAGUCACGUAGUCUCCUAACACAAGCAGCUCGUCACCAUGCUGCUCAGUUGAAUUUCUUUCGGAAGGGACUUAAAUCACUGGAGGCUGUUGAGCCACAUGUUAGGGUGGUUGCCGAGCAACAACAUAUUGAUUACCAAUUCAGUGGCCUUGAAGAUGAUGAUAAAGGUAGUUUUGAAGAUGAUGGGAAUGAGUAUGAGGUCACUGAAGGUAGUGAGUUGAGUUUUAACUACAGAUCAAACAAGGAUGGAACAUAUAAUGUUUCCACAUCACCAAACUCAGCAGAGGUGGAAGAAUCAGGGCGUUCAAAUAUUCGAGCUUCAACCACAGAAACUGCAGAGACAAGUUUAGACAAGAACCAUGGAGAUUUUAAAGUAUCAAAUAGAGAUCGAAGAGUCAGCUUUUCAGCUCCAAUAUAUGCAGAAAAGAAAUUUGACCCAGCUGAAAAAGUAAGACAACUGUUGUCAUCAUCUGCAGCAAAGCCUAAUGCUUAUGUACUUCCUACACCUGUCGACAUCAAAGAAGCAAAAACUAGCUCUGCACCGCGCUUAAGUGCGAGUGGAUCUUCGCAUGAUUUGUGGCACUCAUCCCCUUUGGAUGAUAAAAAGAAUGGGAAAGAUUUUGUUGAUGGUAAAUUGUCAGAACCAGCUGUCCCUAGAGCUCACUCUAUUCUCAAAGAAAGCAACAGCGAUACUACAUCCACCCAGUUACCACGUCCGUCGACAGAGGGUCAAUCACUUCCACAAGUUGAUAUUUUUAAUGUUUCUGAUACUAAGAAAAUAAAAAGGCAAGCCUUUUCAGGUCCAUUGACUAAUAAGCCAUUGUCAGUAAAACCAAUUUCUGGGGGUUUUCCACGUAUGCCGAUACCCCAGCCUUCCUCUCCAAAAGCAUCUCCCGGUGCUUCACCUCCCCUUGUUUCUUCCCCCAGGAUAAGUGAGCUACAUGAGCUUCCUAGACCUCCUGGUAAUCAAACCAGCAAGGCAACAAAAUCUUUUCGAGUAGGUCAUUCUGCUCCUCUAGUAUCAAGGAAUCCAGAGCAUCCUGCAACUAAUAAAUUUCCUCCUGUUGUAUCAAGUUCAGCAUCUCCACUUCCAACUCCACCCAUAAUUGUCUCUCGUAGUUUUUCUAUACCCUCAAGUAGUCAGAGAUCUACGGUAUUGAAUGUUACUAAUAAGUAUUUGCAUACUCACCAAAUUCCAGAAAAGGUUGAAGAAGCUGCAUCACCUCCACUAACACCUUUAUCCCAAAGAGCAUCAGCUCUACCUGGCCUGGCUUCUCACUCUAGUGAAAUCCAAGUGGAUGCAGGUCGGAGCUAAAUCUCAUGCACGAUGCUGAGUUCUGGUGAAUGAUUGAAGUAUUUUUAUUUUAUGCUCGAGGAAGCUAAAGCACUCGCAUGGUGGCGUUCUACGGUUUUGCCCAACACAAGGUUCCGGGAAGUAUAUGUAAAUAUGUUAUGUAUUGUUUAGCUUCUCAUCUCAAUUUGUAUCUAUUAUUUUUACUAUAAUAACUGGUGUUGAUGGGAACUAAACUUUACAUGAUUGUGCCUUUAUAAUGUGCUGUGUAUAUAUUCCGGAUGAAAUUUUUUGUUCACAUCCCCAAGUAAAACCAACUUAAACCUCCUCUACUUGUCUACUUGUUGAGGAUAAAAGUAAAUCUAGUGACAGAUACCCCUUCUUAGGGUUGUAUGUGGUUCGGUUUGGGCUGAGUUUGGCCACCUGAAACUCAAACUGUUUAACGAGUACUAGAUUGGGUCUGAUAAAAAAAACGUGUGAUACAGUUCCAGGUUUGGUGGAUCAAACCGCUUA